CGGUCCCCCGCUCCAAUCAGUGCGGGCCAGCUGCGUUUAUUAGCGCGGCUUCAGGCUGCGCGGCUGCUAUGCGCUUCAGGCCUCCGCCGACCACCGUGGAUAAGUAGCUGCAGCGGCCCGACACGGAACCUUGGCCCCCGGCUGAUGUGACCAUGGCCAGGACUGGGUUCUGCGACUCCAAGCCCCUGUUGGACUUACACAAGAAGGCGGAUGAAAGGAGAGUCCCACUGAGGGCCCGGGCGAACGCGUGCGCGCCAACAGACCGGCGGCAGCCCGCAGAGACGGACGAGUCCAGGAUGGCCCCGGUUAAAAUGGAAACGGAGAGCAGAUGGGAAAGGAGGUUGUCAGCUCAAACGAAUGAGAGCAUCAUCCUGGGAUUCCAUGUGGACAGUAGGGCGAGCUCUGCUGAAACUGUGGCUGAUGAAUGUGUUGAGAAGCCGGUGCUGCUUUACCCUCAUGGGCUGCAGGGUCUUCACAGCCUGGAUGCUCUGGUUCCCAGCUUACUGCGUCAUGAGGUGGAGAUGGCGCUUGAGAAACUGGACCUCAUUUGUGACAGGACUUUUGCCUGGGAUUUGUUUUUGGACAUGAUGAGAACUCAAACGCAGAACUCUUUCCCAAAUGCUGACCUCCCUCGUCAUUUCACUGAUUCUACCCGAGCAAUCCUGGUGGACUGGAUGGUACAAGUUCAUGAGCUGCUGCAUUUCCAAGAAGACACCCUGUAUUUGGCCAUUCACCUCCUCAACCACUCCCUGCGACAGCUCAAGGUCACCACAGCAAACUUGCAGCUCCUCGGAAUGGUUUGCCUCUUAAUUGCAGCGAAAAAAGAGGAGAGCCUCCUCCCAGAGGUGUCUGAUCUCUGCAGCUUAAUGGACCAUGCCUACACGAAACGCCAGCUGCUGCGAAUGGAGCGCCGACUCCUUUGUGCGCUGAAGUUUGAUCUAUCUCACAGCCCCCCUUUGCAUUUCCUCCUCCUCUUCGCCGCGGUUGCCCGCUGCAGCGCCAUGAUGGUGUGGAUGGCCCGCUAUCUGCUGGAGUUGUCUCUCCAAGAGGCCCAGUGUGUGGUGUUUCUACCCGCCCAGCUGGCUGGAGCAGCCCUCUGCUUGGCUCGCCAUGUUCUCCAGGAGUCUCCAACCCCUGAAGGAGAGGCUGCCUGGUGUCUGACCUCCAGCAUCCAUGUUGGCAGUCAAACCAUUCUUCUAAGGAUCAUGCAGAUUCUAGCCACUGCUGCUUCCAGGGUCCAGACCCAUGAGAACUCUGCUACUUUUAUUAAGUUCUCCUCCCCAGAGAGGAUGCAUGUUAGCAGACACCCAGGUCUGAGGAAUCCUGCUGGUCUGUUAGGUGUAUGCUCUUCACAAGCCCCUCUUAAAGGAACCAAAUUACACUUGUGAACUUAAAGGGUGUAAGUAGUGAAAAAAAAAUCAAAAAAACUUAAAGAUUCAAGUCAAAGCAGAACAUUCUUGGCUACGGAUCAUAAGAAGCUGUAACUGUUGUUGGGUAAGAAAGGUAUGACUGUUGUCCGGUGUUGACAAGACGCUUGCCGUUUGCAUGCUUAUGAAUAAGCCUGUGUUUUAUGAUCUUAACUCGCAGCCAAUUUAGAAAAUACUAGAAAUGUUUAUUUUUUUUUUCUGACGUUUUCUUGUUACUUGUGGAGAGAAUGUGGCCUGUCUGUCAAGUUUGGAGAAAGUUUUAAUGUAAAAAUAAAGUGCCCGCUGCAAAGUUUUGAGA